AGAUGGAUAUUGGCCAAGAAAGUACCCCAGCUCCACUCCUACCGCCUGCUGCGCCGGCCCUGUUGUCACCCCUUAACGCUCCUUUCCUCUUUGCACCCUCAGUUCCAUCGUCCUCACUGCACCCUCCUUUGUUAGAAACUCAAGUUCUCCCCGAUAUUGAUUGGGUUAGCCUCCUUUCCGGUCAAGGUGUGCUUGCUGAGAAUAAGCCAAUGAUUGAUAGUUCUUGUUUGAUGGCUGAAAAUGAAGGUGAUCAGGAUGAGAAAGGCAACAAGGAUAAGAGGAAAGGGAGUAGGAUCAAAAAGACAAGCCGGCCUAGGUUUGCGUUCCAAACCAGGAGUGCUGAUGACAUUUUGGACGAUGGGUACAGGUGGAGAAAGUAUGGACAAAAAGCUGUGAAAAAUAGCAUUUAUCCAAGGAGCUAUUACCGGUGCACGCAUCACACAUGCAACGUGAAGAAACAGGUUCAAAGGCUCUCCAAAGACACCAGCAUCGUGGUGACGACAUAUGAAGGAAUUCACAACCAUCCUUGUGAAAAGCUAAUGGAAACCCUAACUCCUCUUCUUAAGCAAAUGCAAUUCCUUACUAGGUUUUAA